AUGUCACAAGGAAAUAUAAGAGAAACAUUUAAAUAUGUUUCAACAGCAUUUCCAAGAUUUAAAGUUUCAUUUAAUCAAACUGAUCAAUAUAUUAUUGAUCAAUUAGGUCAUUUUACUUUUUUAGAUGCUUGGGAUUUAAAUAUGCGUGGAAUUGGUUUAAAAAAUGUUUUUAAUGGUGGUUUAUAUAGUGGAAAUCCAUUAUUAUUAUAUAAUUUAACAAAAUUAGAUUCAAAUAUUAUUUUAUCAUCAUUAACAAAUUUUAUGACUAAUUUUCAAACACGUUCACCAUCAUUAAAUUAUCAUUUAUCAUGUGGUUUACAUGGACGUAUUCAUCAAAUACAACAAUCUUUUUCUUUAACAACUAUAUUAUUAUCAUCACAAUCUAAACAAGGUAUUAAUCAAAUAAUUAAUCUAUGGGGAAAAUUAAUGUUACAAUAUUAUGGAAAAGAACAUAUUAAACAACAAAAAAAUUUUCAUAAUGAUUUUUAUAUAUCUAAAUUAGGUUAUUAUACAGAUACAGGUGCUUAUUAUUGGUAUAAUAAAGAAUCAAAUUUAACAUAUGAACAAACAUUUAUUAAAUUAAAACAAUAUCAUGUACAAGAACAUAUUCCUAUUCAAUAUUAUGAAUUAGAUUCAUAUUGGUAUUAUAAACAAAAUAAUAAUACUGGUGAACAUGGUGGUAUUAAAUUAUAUGAACCAAGAUUAGAUAUAUUUCCAAAUGGUAUUGAAAUUUUACAAAGAAAUAUUUUACAAACACCAUUAAUUGUUCAUCAUAAAUAUUAUUCAACAGAUAAUUUAUAUCAAAAUAAAUAUCAAUUUUUAAAUGGUAGUGAUGGACAAGUUUCAUUACCAUUAGAACAAAUAUUUUUUAAUAAAAUUUUUUCACAAAUUAAACAAUGGGGUGUAGAAAUUCUUAUACAAGAUUGGCUUUCAUCUGUUUAUGAAGAUAUGCCUAAUUCAUCAUGGGAUGUUCAUAUAGCACGUGAAUAUCAUUUACAUUUAGCUGAAGGUGCUAAACAAGCUGGAAUUAAAUUAAUUUAUUGUAUGCCAUUAAAUCCUGAUAUAUUAGAAACAUUAGAAAAUACUCAAGUACAUUAUAUGCGUAUUAGUGAUGAUUAUUCAGUUAAUAUUAAUCAAUGGAAUAUUGGUCGAGCAUCAAUAAUAACAUGGGCUAUUGGUAUUAUACCAUUUAAAGAUACAUUUUGGACAAAUUCAAUACAACCACAAUCACCAUAUGGAAAUUUUACUGAACCAAAUAUUCAAUUAAAUGCAUUGAUUGCAUUAAUGAGUUUAGGUGGUGUUGCUAUAUCAGAUAAAAUUGGUAAUACAAAUGUAACUGUUGUUAAUCGCUUAUGUCGAUUGGAUGGUGUUCUAUUUCGUCCAGAACGACCUGCAACUGCCAUGGACUCAACUUUUCUAGGUAGUGGUGGUCCAAAAGGAGAAAUGUGGCAUACAUAUAGUUCUGAUGCACAACAAAGUUUCUUUGUUGAAUAUAUUAUGAUAACAAAUUUAACUGAAUCUUAUAUAUUCUCUUGGAAUGAAUUAUUUAAUACACAAGAGGAUGAUAAUCCAAAUCGAAAAAUAUCUGAUAUUUAUCUUGUCUUUGAACUUGAAAAUUCAAGAGAUUAUUAUUGGUUUACAUCCAUAAAUUCUUCAACAAUAUUAAUGCCAUCAUGUGCACAAGAUAAACUAACAUAUUAUUCACCAUUUCAUCUUUUUGUAUUUGUACCUUAUUCAAAAAUAUCAAAUUGGAUUUUAUUUGGUGAAUUAAGUAAACAAUUACCAAUUACUCGACAACGAUUUUCAUCUAUACAAUAUUCAUUAAAUGAGUCUGAUACUUUUAAAAUAAAUGUUACUGGAGUUUAUGGUGAACAAGUUUGGAUUACGAUUGGACAUAGUGAACAUGUAUUUGGACAAAUUGAUUUUUAUACUAUACAAUGUUCAUUUCUUUCAAUAGAAAGUAUAUCAACAAUGAUAAUCACAUGUAACACAGAAACUGGAUGUCAAUGUAAUAAUAUUUGA